AUUUUUAUACAAUACCGGCAUGCCGCAUCAUAAGUUAUUUAUCAAUAUUCAAUGGUUUUAAUGUCAUCAUUAUUAAAAUGGAAGUAAUUGAUAGAGUUAGCAGCUGGCAUUACAACGUUACAUAAUAUUGGGGGCAGUCUACAUAUUCAGUACAGAUUGUUUGUAGAAAGCCAGAAACUAUAUAUAAUAAUAUGAACUAUAACACCAAAACACAUACUAUAUGAUUGUAUUUAGUGUGUACUGUGUAUGAUGUGUGUGUGUAUACGCCAAACAGUGUGUUCGAAAUUCCAAAAGCAUUUUCCACGGCAAAUGAAUAUUUUUUAAUUCAAAUUUUUCUACAUUGAUCAAAGGGGAUAUUACCAUUCGAUUAUAAGAAAAUAAUCAACAAUUAUUUUCUGAAGACUUUCAAAAACUUCAAGUAUACCUAUGAACAUUUUUAAUUUUUAUAAAAUGGACAUAGGCCGAUUGGUAUACUUUUGCGUGUCGCGGGUUGGGCACGCCUGCACAAUAAAGUGUAUAUACAUGGUGAAAUAUGAAUAUUUUUAAUUUGAAAUGUAAGUAGGUACUUACGACUUACCUAGUGAAGAACUGAAGAAUAAUCAUAAUAAUUAAUAGGUCCAUCGGUCCGUGUAAAUUAUUUGAUGGCUGCAGUCGAACAAACAGGAUUCGAAAACAAUUAUUAUUGUUUUGUCGUUCAUCACGCAAAUACAUUGUGGUGACGUUCAACUAACGCGUAAAGUAUAUUAAAUUUGAGUUGAAGAUGGUUACUGUACGUGCACCGUCCUUUCUGGUUCGGCGUAUAUGCGCCUUCAUAUUUUUAGGAAUCAUGGGCUAUUCGAUUUUUCAAAUGACCCGCAGCAAUUCUUAUUACGAUAUGUCAGAUCGAAACAUUAUGCGUAAACAAAUCGAACUUGAUAUUAGCAAAUCAUCAAAUAAUGAAGUUCCUGUUAAAAAUUUGAAAAACGAAAACUAUAUAGCAUGCCCGCAUCCUAUUUUGGAUCCAUUCGACCCGGUCAUGAUGAAAUUCGUCAAAAAAGAGCCACCUUUGGUCUGCGAUGAAGAGGAGGAUUGGGUUACAAUCAAGGGGAACAUCGCACGUAUCACCGAUAAGGCGCUCAAGAAGUACGGCGAUAUCCAGUGCAAAUUUAUGGACGUUUUGAGAGCCAACGAGUUCUCUACGUCACUGGGUGUCGUGACCACGACUCACACAGAAUACAAUUUAGAGACAUCGGAUUUUUUCAGAGUUUACUGUGAGUCAGAAAAUGGCAAAUUUAGUUGGGAGAGCCGCAUGGCCGGUAUACGAUUUGACGAGGAUGUGAUAAAUAGAGCUGGAUGGGAUCAAGUGCCCAAAGACGGGUUAGGACUCAACGUUCUUAUGAUCGGAAUGGACUCUAUGUCACACAUGAUGGUGCAGAGAGUAUUGCCCAAGGUGUAUUCCAAACUAAAAUCUAUGGGUGCACGCGUGUUAAAUGGCUAUAACAUCGUCGGUGACGGGACUCCACAAGCGUUGAUACCAAUUUUGACAGGACGCACUGAACUGGAACUUCCGGACACCAGGAAACGCAUGGGAAAUAAAGCGUCAUACGUGAAUGUCUAUCCAUUCAUAUGGAAUGAAUUUAAGAAACACGGUUACGUCACUGGUUAUGCUGAAGACGUUCCAAACCUUGGCAUUUUUACGUACAGGCUAAAAGGAUUCGACGAACAACCGACCGAUCAUUAUAUGCGAUCAUAUUACGUAGACGCGUUGCCAAUGUUCAAUCAACAAAAGCCUUUUUGUUAUGGUUCUCUACCAAGGCACAAGAUAAUGCUCAAUUACGUUAAAGACAUGUUUCGGGUGUAUGAAGACAAACCAAAGUUUAUGUUUGCAUUUCAAGGCGAAUUAUCCCACGAUUAUGCGAGUAAGGUAUCAGUCGCGGAAAAUGAUCUAGUUGAGUGGUUGGAAUGGUUUGAGAAUUCUGGAUACCUGAACAACACCAUGCUGGUGUUUAUGAGCGAUCACGGCCAGAGGUUCGCGUCUGUACGAGACACGCAACAGGGAAAACUCGAAGAGCGGAUGCCAUUUUUCUCGUUCACACUACCGAAAUGGUUUGACCGGAAGUAUCCAAAAAUGGCGUCCAAUCUAAACAAUAAUGUUAACCGUCUGACGACGCCAUUCGACAUAUACUCAACAUUGAUGAGUGUCCUGCAUCGAGAAGAGCUUAAAACUGAUGAUGUGAACAAGCGUUCUAUAUCGCUGUUCAACGAGAUACCGUUGGAGAGAACGUGUAGAGACGCUUAUAUUGAACCUCACUGGUGUGCUUGUCUAAAAUGGCAGCCGAUAAGCGUCGAUAGUGCGUUGGCUGUCGAUGCAGUCACACACUUCGUACAGUUUCUUAAUAGGUUUAAUGCCGAAUACACUGACCAGUGUGCGCCGAUAGAGAUCGAUCGGAUCGAAUGGGCUAACAGGAUGGCGCCCAACGAAGGGCUAUUGAAAUUCCACCAGGCCGCCGAUACCGAUGGGUUCGUGCCCGACAUGUCGGCCAACACGAAAAUCACCGAUAUCUAUCUGCAGAUUAAGGUGAUCACGCGACAGCCUGCCAACGCUGUAUUCGAAUUUUCAUGCCAGUAUAACAGCGAUACCAGCCGGUACACGGUUUACGAAAAAGACAUUAGCAGAGUUAAUGAGUAUGGAAACCAAAGUUGGUGUGUCGCGAAAACUCAACCACAACUCAAUAAGUACUGCUAUUGCAAAACACAGAAUUGAGAAAGCUUGAAGUCUGCUUAGAAAUGUGAUUUGGAUACUAAUAUUUUACAAGUCAGCAGUUCCGAUUCAGCUUCACGCCAUUCGAAAUUAUUGUUGAUUUUUUAAAUUUGAUUACGUUAUGUGUCAUAAAAGUCUCAACCGAUAUUCUUUACUAUACCUUUAAUUAUACUUAUACUAUUAGUUUAAUAACGAUUUACGUUUAACAUAGACUUUUAAUCGUUUAUUUAAGUCAUUCGAAAUCCAUAAUAUUGUAUAAUUUAAUCAAAGUAUUAUGAGUGUAAUUCCAUAGUAUUGUUCAAAACCAUUUUUUUUCGUUUUGAAUUUAAGUUUGUGGUUCAAUUUUUAAAGACGAUUCAUUCACUGCUAAAUAUUUUGUGGUGAAUAAAAUUUUGGCGUUGCUGAUUCGGCGAUAGAAUUGGAUAUAUUGUAUAAUCUUACAACAUCCAUAACACCGAACCUAACUUAACGAGAGCCAAUAAGAAAAAAUACGAUAUAGCGAUAUACUUAUAGGAGAACCUAUGUCCAAACUUGUGUCCAAACCCGAUUGAACAGUAACCUUUUUAACGCAAAACUCCAACUUUAAAAAGCAAUGAUUUAAUAUAAUAUUUCCUUUUAUUCAAAAUAAUUUUAUUUUAUUAUCCAAAAACCAUAAUUUAAUAAAUUAUUAACCGCCCUAAUCAGUAAUCAGCGAUCCGUUGGUUAGCGUCUGAGGAGUUCCGAUUCUCGACUGAAAAUCAAUUGCUAAUUUGGGUACUUUUCUUUCUUUAUUAAGAUUUUCCCUUUGACCUAGCGUUCGGGUUAUAUAUUUCAAAAAGUUAUUUUGUCGCUAGAAUUUAUUAAUCUAAAAAUACUGUCGCCUCAAAGGCCUCGUUGUAUUGGCAUCGCCGUUUAAUAUUUAGUAUUUAUUUUAUCUUUAUUUAGUAACAAAUUUCUAUAUUGUUUACCCUAAAUAUUGCAAAGUGAAUCUACUUUAUCUAGUCAGAUUUAUUUUUUGAGUUUUAAGCUACGUAUAGACUUAUAUUUUUCUGGUCAAUUUUAAGACGAUUUAUUUUAAAUAAUAUGUAUCAUUCGCUACUUAAAAAUUAUGUUUUAUACUUAAAAAUGUUUACUUAUAAUAUUCAUAAAUUGUAUUUUUGAUUUUAUAAUUACCUAUAUGAUGUAUAAUAUAAUUUAAUGUGAAAACUA